AUUUAAUUCAGUGCAAUGAAAAUUGCCCGGUUGCUGUAUGUGAGUGAAUGCAGUGCAGGGAAGAGUUAACAGACUGGAGUCUCGCGCAGCCGCUAGAUUGAACAGCUCUUUCGGUGAUUAAUCGAAAGCGUGUGUUUUGCAUUUAAUAAUUAUUGUGAAUAAUUCGAGCAUGCUGAGGUUGUUUUGACCGGAUGGAGAUGUUGGUGGUUCUGGGCUGCUGAUGCGGCCUGAGAGGACACGCUGCUGCUUCUGCUGCUGCGAUGGCGAUGGGUAAAUGGCUGCUGUACGCCGGUCUCGCGCUUUCCAUGCUCGCGUUGUGCUUCCUUACGGUCGCGAUAUCCUCCGAUCACUGGUACGAAACGGACGCCCGGAGGUACAAGGAGCGCUGCCGCACGUUCUCGAGCCGUCGCACCGACCCGGGAUUCAUCUACAUCCCGAGCCACAGCCUCCCGCUGCGCGAGCCGCGGCCGCUCAUGCCCCGCGAGCGGAGGGAGCUGUUCGGCGCGAGCGCGGCGGACGAGUGCAAGCGCCGCUACAACUCCACCACCGUGGGGCUGUGGAGCAUCUGCUACCGUCUCGGCUUCGACCGGAACAUCGAGGAGCUCAUUAAGAAAGGGACUAUUGAGAGGUGCUCCUACAUCAAGUACUACUACGCUUCCUCGACUCUGGUGCGAAAGGAUAUCUCCUUCAAUAUCACCAAGACCAUUCAGCAGGACGACUGGCAUGCCUUGCAUCUGCGUCGGAUGACAGCAGCCUUCAUGGGCAUGGCUCUGUCCAUCAUCCUGUUUGGCUGGACAAUAGGACUACUGGGCUGCUGCUGGGAUCAGGGCCUCAUGCACUACGUGGCUGGUCUGCUUUUCCUUAUGGGAGGUACGUUUUGCAUCAUCGCCCUAUGUACUUGUGUGGCUGGCAUUAAUUUUGAACUUUCCCGCUACCCACGCUACAUAUUCAGCCUCCCAGACGACAUCAGCCACGGUUACGGCUGGUCCAUGUUCAGUGCCUGGUGUGGUUUGGGUCUCACCCUUAUUGCUGGUUUCUUCUGUACUCUGGCACCUUCUAUUCAACCUCCACCACCACCCAGCCGUACUCCCUACCCCAAAUCCCGCAUGGAGAACGGCACAGUGUGCUAAACUAACAUUGAAAGGGCAGGAGGUGUAAAAGAAUACACGCCUCAACUACGAGUGACACUGUCAACUUUUUGAAGAAAGUGAACAUUCGUCACGUAAGCGUGGACAGCCUGUGUGUUGACCUCUGCUGUAAACGCAGCUGUACAGAUGUAUAAAAGCGCUCGUCUUGACGUGAUCUGAUUAUCUUUGAUGGGGCAGUUCUUGUUCUGUUUGUGUGCAGUGAUUUCUUGAUUUGACAAGACUUAACACUUCACAAAGACACAUUCACAAAGAAGUCAAAAGUUCAGUAUAUAAAAAUACGAGAUGAAAUUUCCGUGUCAGUAGGGUUAUGCGCUGUUGUGAUGUGCACAUAAUAAAAACUCUUGUUUUAAAAA